AACCAGCUUCUGGCACUUAAAGCCGAAAACACCAGUAAACAUCUGGAAAUUAUAGAGCUGAAGUGCAAAAUGAGAAGUCUCGAGAAAAUCAUCUGCUUAAUGAAGAAAAAACUCAAGAACGAGUUGAACAAAGAGACAAAAAGUUCCUUCACUCAAACUGACAAUAAGCAGAAAGCUGACAAAGGAAAUCAAACCCAGAAAAACCUGAGAGCAAAAAGACCUGCAUCAGACACGUCACAACCCACGACUGUUAAAAGACCUCGAAUCAAUGCUGCACAGCACAAAAACAACAAAACACAAUCCCUCAUCGCUUGUGCAUUGGAAACUCUUCAUGAUGCCAGUUAUGAUUUAUUAUCUACUAACUGGGUUUCUGCACUACUUAAAGGGAGUUGUAAACUUCCUGGUCUGACAGAUGAGGAAAAAUCGGUCACAUCUGUGUUUUGUGUAAACAAGUGCUUAACAGAGACGUUUCUGACAGUCAUUUUGGACAAGAUCAAGGCAGAGAAAAAGUCACAUAAUGUCCUGCAGUUUCUCUGUCGGGUUUAUGUAGCCUUAUGUCAGCAGAGAGGAGACUCUCAUAAAGUGCACACCCUCGCCUACAGACUUCUUAAAGAAGACUUUCCUGAAGCCCCUAAAUUAAUAAUGGUCAUGGUGACAGCAUGGCCAUGUGUUUUUUCCUAUGAUGCCCCUUUAUGCAGAGCCAUACACAUCGUGACCAAAAUGAAAGCGGGCGGAGAUAUUUUAUGCUUGCUCAGCAAAUAUCUGCACUGGGAUAGGGUUCCUCCUGGAAACAUCUGCAGCACCAUCACCAGCACACUGAAGGCUCUUCUGGAAGACAAACGUCUGACAUUCCAGAAGAGCCGCUGGUAUGGUGAGGAUCUCUGUCCUACCGCCUGGGACUACGUAUUCAGCCUGGAUCUUCUUUGUGCACAACUGGGCUGGAUGUGGACCGACACCCAUGUUAUUCGAAAACGUGUUUGGCUGAUCUUGAACACUUGGCUGUUGGAAACACAAACAAAGAGAAGGCAGUUUAGAAACGUCUCUGUUGCAGCAGUUAUCAGGCUACUUGGGCGACUUGGCCAACAAGGCCUUAAGGAGAACCUGGCAGCAUCAGUGGAAAAUCUGACAAAAAGCAUCAUUGAGUUUGGGACACAAAAAGUCUUGGAAGAUAUGCCGUGGGAGGUGCAGCUGUCAUUAAUCUAUGCCAGUCAUGAUCUUGCACCCAGCAACCCCAAAACCACUCUCAAGACUUUGCAAUUAUGGCAGCAAAAGUUCACAAAGCCCGUUCCCCCAGCCGUCACCAAGUGCAUUAGUCAGAUCAGCUUCCUGUCAUCCAAAAAAAAGCCAACAAAUGUUUUCUAG